GCAUUGUUUGAAACGUCAAAGUAUGUCAAUUGUUAAUUAGUUUAUGGUUUGGUUUGUUGGUUAAGUGUUGUGAGUUUAAAUAAAAUAAAUUGAACAACAUCUAGAACAAAAAAACGUUAUGUCUGAUAGCGUUGAUGCACUGUUAGGCGGCGAAGAGGAUGUCGGAGAUUACGAUAUCAAAGAUGAUGAGGAAGAUGCUCUUCUUGAAGAUGAUGAUGAUGGCAGUCGAAAUAAUGAAGAGACAAAAGAUGUUUUAGAACUAAGUAUAGAUGAUGCACUAAAUGAAGAUGAUGAUACAGAGUUGAGUGAUUCAGAAGGUAGAUCAAAGUUUUUGAAUGAGAGACAGACAGAAAGUAAUAAUACUCCCAGAAGUUAUAACUAUCACAAUAAUUAUAACAAGCAAUACAAAUACAUAAAUAAUAAUGUGACCAAUAACAGGGGCAGAGGUAUGAGAGGUCACUUUCGAGGCUUCUCAAGAGGCAACCAUAGCAUUGGAAGGCAUAAAACAUUUACACCUAGGUUUGAGCCUCCACCCAAUAAACUGUUUAUAAAUCCCCAUUUUAAAGGACACACUCACAUUAACUAUAAUUCACAAUGGGAGCAGAAGCCUAAAUCUUUACCCCAUGUUUGGCAUAAUAAGCAUCAGAGCCAGCCUUCUAAUGAUUAUCAAGCACAGCCCAUUAUGCCUGUUAAUAAUUUCCAAUCACAACCACAAGUCCAACAUCAGCAUCAGAUGAUGCACAAGCCACCAGUUCACCAAAGAUUAGGAAUUAAUAACAGUUCGUACUCUCCGCAGCAAGUGAACAGCAACUAUGAACAAGAGCGAUUUAUGGGCGUGAAUCAGAUGCAACAACCGCCCCCUGUUGUUAGCCCAAUCAACAACCAGUAUAAUAUGCCGCCGACUUACAACCAACCUCCUCCAAUGUACCAGCCUCCAGUGAAUAACAUGUCUUACAACCUUAACCAGUAUCAGCAACCGCCGCAAAAUGUAUAUCAGCAGUACGCACCUCCCCCGCAGCCGCUUAUCCAUCAGAACACUCCUCCGCCAAUCUUCAAUCAACCUCCACCUCAGAUCUAUCAGAAUGAUUCCCAUACAUUCAACACAUUCGCUCCGCCUCCACCUCAAAUUCAACAGUACAAUGCGAACGAUAACAAUUACAAUCAAAAUUAUCAUAACAACUAUCAACAGCAGCAACACCAUGUUCCAACGCAGCAGCAGCAGCACCACCAACAACAACACCAGAAACAGCAACAUCAGCCGAGAUAUCAACAAGCCGAUGCGGUUAUUACUCCUGUCAUUAAUAGGCAGGUGUUUUAUAACAAUCAGCAGAACUUUGGAAAGCGAAGAAACGACAGAAGGCCGGAGGUCGUCGAUGACUACUGCGUGAAUAAAAGGAGGAGUUACGAAAAUAAAGUGCUGCAUCAGGUGCAGACGGUGGAAACGACACCAUCAAAUAACACCACCAUAUCAACAACGCAAUACCAAGCGUCUGCAACCCCUGAAGUAGUGGAGGACGAAGAGACGAAAAAGUACCGAGAGAAGAUCGAGGAGCAAAAGAAGUUGCGGGAACUUCUGCUGGCACAGAAGGAGGAGCGUCGGAAGAUAGCGGCAAAGAAAAAGCAAGCGGAGGAGGAGUACGAGACCGUGGUUAGCCCAAAAGAGAUACUGAUGAAGGCGGUGCAACCGGCAAUAAUACCGGUUCAGCCGCAGAGAAAGCUCGCGGAGAACCCUGCCAACCAACAAAUGGUUCACGCGAAUCCUAAUCUUAAGGUUAUAAAUGCGACCGAAGGCGGCAAUGAGAAUAAGGUAGACAAGGGGCAGCUAAAAUCCUUUUUGAGCAAUAGAACGAUAUUCGCAAAAGACCAGAGCUUAGUUGAUACGUCGCUUGUAGUUGUAAGCAACCUCGCUGCUGGCACGUCCGAAGUAAAGUUGCGCAAAAUGUGCGAGGGCCUGGGUGACAUACAGAAAAUCGAUUUGUCACCAAAGGAGCGACAAGUAACAAUACAUUUUAAAAGUGUUGCAUCCGCUCAUGCGUUUUAUAAGAAAUACCAACGGUUCAUGUUAGAUCUCUCGGUUAUACAAGUGGCCUUGAAGGCCGUUGGCUGAAUCUAUGAAAUGUCGGCAAUUAUAAAAUGCGUUGACGACGGAUGGAUGUCGAGGAAUCAUGUCGGACGAUUUUCAUGGCAUUAAAUUGAAUGAUAAAGCUUACAUUAUAUUCUU